AUGGCCAACAAUACAAACAAUAUAAAUAUUAAUACAACGACGAAUAGUCGACCAAAUACCACACCAUUACCUCAUCGAGAUCUUCUGCAUCCUAAAAAAUCAGCUUUGAGAUUGGGUGGUGUUGGUACGACACAAGAUAAUAGUUUUUCAUUGGAUUCAAAUAGUAUUUAUCGACAAAUUGAUUCAUUUUCCAAUUAUUCUAUACGAGAAUAUUAA